CGGCGCCGGGGGCCGGCGCGCCCGGCUCGCAGCCUCACAUCGUCUUCAUCCUGGCCGACGAUCAGGGAUUCAGAGACGUAGGGUACCACGGAUCGGAGAUCAGGACACCCACUCUGGACAAGCUAGCUGCCGAAGGGGUUAAACUGGAGAACUACUAUGUUCAGCCUAUGUGCACACCAUCCCGAAGCCAAUUUAUCACUGGAAAGUACCAGAUACACACAGGACUUCAGCAUUCUAUCAUAAGGCCCACCCAGCCCAACUGUUUACCCCUGGAUAAUGUGACGCUACCUCAGAAGCUGAAAGAGGUUGGUUACUCAACCCACAUGGUUGGCAAGUGGCACUUGGGGUUUUAUCGCAAAGAGUGCAUGCCCACACAGAGAGGAUUUGAUACUUUUUUUGGCUCGCUCUUAGGCAGUGGUGAUUAUUACACUCAUUUCAAAUGUGACAGCCCUGGGAUAUGUGGCUAUGACCUAUAUGAGAACGACAACGCAGCUUGGGAUCAUGACAAUGGCAUCUACUCAACACAGAUGUACACGCAGAAAGUACAACAAAUCUUAGCUUCUCACAACCCCAGGAAACCUAUAUUCUUAUACAUUGCUUACCAAGCUGUCCAUUCCCCUCUUCAGGCACCAGGCAAGUAUUUUGAACAUUAUCGAUCAAUAAAUAACAUAAACAGGAGAAGAUAUGCUGCCAUGCUGGCUUGUUUGGAUGAAGCCAUAAACAACGUAACUCUUGCUUUAAAGAAGUAUGGUUACUAUGACAAUAGCAUAAUCAUAUACUCUUCAGAUAAUGGUGGGCAGCCAACAGCUGGAGGAAGUAACUGGCCUCUCAGAGGAAGCAAAGGCACCUAUUGGGAAGGAGGAAUCCGUGCUGUUGGUUUUGUCCAUAGUCCGCUUCUGAAAAACAAAGGCUCUGUGUGCAAGGAGCUUGUGCACAUCACAGACUGGUUCCCUACUUUGAUCACUCUGGCAGAAGGGCAGAUUGAUGAAGAUAUGCAGCUGGAUGGCUACGAUAUUUGGGAAACCAUUAGCGAAGGCAGACGUUCUCCGCGGGUAGACAUCUUGCACAAUAUCGACCCCAUUUAUACCAAAGCCAAAAAUGGGUCGUGGGCAGCAGGCUAUGGGAUCUGGAACACAGCAAUCCAGUCAGCCAUCCGAGUGAACCACUGGAAACUACUGACAGGAAAUCCUGGCUAUAGUGACUGGGUACCCCCUCAGGCUUUUAGCAAUGCAGGCCCUAAUCGCUGGCAUAACGAACGCGUUUCUUGGUCAGCUGGCAAAACUGUGUGGCUUUUCAACAUAACUGCUGACCCCUACGAACGGGUGGACCUUUCUGCAAGGUAUCCAGAUGUCGUGAAGGAGUUGCUGCGGAGACUCUCGCAGUUCAAUAAGACUGCCGUUCCUGUUCGGUAUCCACCUAAAGACCCGCGGAGUAACCCCAAGCUCAACGGAGGAGUUUGGGGUCCGUGGUUUAAGGAGGAUGAAAAGAAAAAGAAAGGAGAUAAAAAUAAAGGUGCAAAUAAACAAAAGAAUAAGAACAAGAAAAAAGCAAAUAGGAAAAAAGGGCAAACUUUUCGUUGCCGCACACAUCUUGAUGGUGGAUAAACGUAAGCACGUUCUUUUGCCAAGUCUAAGUCAGCUUGGCUCGGCCUUCUUGAACUUCUGACAGAACGUGCUGGAAAUGCCAGCUCUGCACUAUGGAUGAAAGCUCUCAUCUCCUCCUUU